CACGACAUCGUUCCGGUUCACCCUCUCAUUCUCUCUCUACCGUUACUCUGUCUACAGUUUUAUCUCACUAACCAACCCACGAUAGGAUCAGAGCUCCCAAAGCUAAAACCCGAUUUCAAUACUGUGAUGUCUCCUCCACUCUCAUCCGUAUGCAACUUUUCUCUCUAAAACUCUACUCUUUUGCUCUACAAUUCGCCAUUGAAAUAUUGCAGAAAAAUUCUAAGUUUUCAGAAUCAGGAUCGGCCCUGCGGUAGCCCGCCCCGCCCGAGUGCGCGUUGGAUCGGCCAAUGUGACUGGGGCCAUUAUCGAUGGGAAAAGAACGAUGAGCAAAGCUGGAGAACGAGAAGAAGACGAAGAGUGUUUUCACGAUUCCCUUGACCGGCUGCUUUCUUCAUCCAACACCUCCUGCUCCUGCUCUCCUUCCAAUUCGGAUUCUGAAGAGGAACCCAACCCGAAUUUCAGCUUCGGUGCUUCGCCAGAAGGCAAUGCCGUCGGACCCGAACAGGUUCCCAGGUUUCCCAGGGGGGUGUUCCACAACUACGACGUUUGGAUAUCCCAGCCCUCCUCCGUUGAGGAACGUCGACUCCGCCUCCUGCACCAGAUGGGCCUCACCAGUGACCCUUCCCUCCUCCGCCACCGCCCUUCCCUUUUGCCAUCCGCCCAACCGGAAUUCUUUAACCGAAUCAUCUCUUCCGAUCACUUGAUAAACACUGGUGAGGCUUUUUCUUCCGUCGAUAAUAACAAAAAUAAUUCCAAGAUUCCUAGAGAUAGUGAUAUGGUUAAUAAUAUUGAUAUUUAUAAUGAUAAUAGUAGAGUGUCUGGGAUUGUCCGAUCAAAAUCGGAGGGGGACUGUAAAUCGAGUUCUGAAAUUCAUUUGAUUAAUUUAACUUCUACUACUGGUGGAAUUGGUUUAUCUGUAAAUAAUGAUCAUCAGAGCCAUAGACAAAGCUGCCAUGACAAUGUCAAGAAAUCAAGAAGCCACAAUAGUUUAACCGCGAGCAGUGUGGUUUCCCCAAAUAAGCCACCGAAAGGGAAGAUUAGAACAGAUUCCUUGCGUAAUGGGAGCUUUAGUGAAUCAUUGUCAAUUUUGGGGAAUGAGGGGUUGGACAAGGUGGCGGAGAGUACUGGGGCAGACAAUGUUAGUGCAGUGUGUGUGAUAAAGAAUCUGGCUAAUGGGAAGGAGUUUGUGGUGAAUGAGGUGAGGGAGGAUGGGAUGUGGAAAAAGAUUAAGGAAGUGGAUACAGGGAGGCAGUUGACCAUGGAAGAGUUUUCUGAGAUGUGUGUAGGGACAUCUCCCAUCGUGCAAGAGUUGAUGAGGAGGCAGAAUGUGGAGGAUGGGAACAAGGAUGAUCUGUCUGCAAAUGUGAAUGUGGACUUGGGGGGUGGAUCGAAGUUUAAGAAGAGAGGUAGUUGGUUGAAGAGCAUAAAAAAUGUAGUGAAUUCUGUCACUGGGCAUAAGGAGAGACGUAGUAGUGACGAGAGGGAUACAUCAUCUGAGAAGGGUGGGAGGAGAUCGAGCUCUGCUACAGAUGAUAGCCAGGAUAUGUCUUUUCAUGGGCCUGAAAGAAUUCGGGUCCGACAAUAUGGGAAGUCUGUUAAAGAACUUACGGCAGUAUACAAAAGCCAGGAGAUACAGGCACACAAUGGGUCAAUUUGGACUAUAAAGUUUAGUUUGGAUGGCAAGUAUCUUGCAAGUGCUGGUGAGGACUGCGUGAUCCAUGUGUGGCAGGUUUCUGAAACAGAGAGGAAGGGUGAUUUGUUGUUGGAUAAACUGGAAGAUGGGAAUUUUAAUCUUCUGUUUCAGGCUAAUGGAUCACCAGAGCCUUCUUCAAUGUCACCAAAUUUAGACAGCCAUUCAGAGAAGAGGAGAAGAGGGAGAUCCUCUAUAAGCAGAAAAUCAGUGAGCUUUGAACAGAUUUUGGUGCCAGAGACAAUUUUUGCCCUUUUGGAGAAACCUAUCUGUUCAUUUCAGGGACAUCUGGAUGAUGUGUUAAACCUCUCCUGGUCCAAGUCUCAGCAAUUGCUUUCUUCUUCAAUGGACAAAACAGUGCGGCUGUGGGACUUGUCGAGCAAGUCCUGUUUAAAGAUUUUUUCUCACAGUGACUAUGUAACCUGCAUCCAGUUUAAUCCUGUUGAUGAUAGAUACUUCAUCAGUGGAUCUCUGGAUGGCAAGGUGCGCAUAUGGAGCAUUCCUGAUCACCAGGUUGUUGAUUGGAGUGAUCUGCAUGAAAUGGUCACUGCAGCUUGCUAUACACCGGAUGGCCAGGGUGCACUAGUUGGCUCAUACAAGGGGAGUUGCCACUUAUACAUCACAACAGAAAAUAAAUUACAGCAAAAAAGUCAGAUCAAUCUGGAGAAUAAGAAGAAGAAAUCUCAUCAUAAGAAAAUUACUGGUUUCCAGUUUGCACCAGGGAGUUCAUCAGAAGUUCUCAUUACAUCUGCAGAUUCACGAAUUCGAGUUGUGGAUGGUGUUGAUCUUGUUCACAAGUUCAAAGGGUUUCAUAACACAAACAGCCAAAUCUCAGCCUCCAUUACGGCAAAUGGAAGAUAUGUAAUAAGUGCCAGCGAUGAUUCUUCUGUUUACAUCUGGAAGCAUGAAGGUGAAUCACGACCAAAUGGAAACAAAGGUGUAACUGUGAUCCAGUCUUACGAGCAUUUUCACUGUCAAGAUGUAUCGGUGGCAAUCCCUUGGCCUGGUAUUGCUGACACAUGGGGAUUUCAAGAUACUUGUUCUGGAGGGCAAAAUGGUUAUUUCGAUGAGGUUUCAACAGACAACCAUCCGCCCACACCAGUUGAAGAGGAGACUAAUAUUAACGAGAGCUCUCCUUUGGGAUCUCGGGGCAGUGGUAGUCCACUUAACGGGAUUAUUUCUAAUGCUACAAACAACUGCCUCUUUGAUGGAAUAGUAACAUGGCCAGAAGAAAAGCUUCUUUCUGCUUGUAAGAACCGCAGUCCUCGUGUUAGUGUUGACUUCUCCAAUGGGCUUAUCCAAAACAGAUCAGCCUGGGGUAUGGUCAUUGUAACUGCAGGCCUUGGGGGGGAAGUCAGAACUUUCCAGAAUUUUGGAUUGCCAAUCCGAAUUUGAUGAAAUCUGUACAGAUAUCCGGUGAGGAUAUGUGUAAUCUAAGCGACUUUUCUUUGUUUCUUGUACUUAGUGCCGGUUGGAUUUGGGCCUCAGUUGAGGAGCCUUCCUGACUUGGCCUUGAGAAAAAGUAGAUUUAUCAGAAUUGAGAAGGUCGAAAAAAAAAGAAAGGAAAAGUGAAGGAGAUGUUAAGAAACCGAUUUAAUUUCUGUAAUCGGCAAUUGUAGAGUUACGAGCAUGAUAAUCUAAACAAAAUUCUUUAUCAAUUCAUUUAUUUUAUCCUGGCAGUGUAUAAAUAAAAUUGGGCAUGGAAUUGGUGGUGAAGUGGUAGUUUCUGUAGUAGGCAGGCAUUUCAACUUCAUGAUCAACUGUGUACUUUCCUCUGUAACAAGAUUUUGUGAUUGAAAUAUUUUUCUUUCUUUAA